GCGGUGACAGACAUUCUAGGCUUGGAACUGAAGGUUUUCAAGGCUCAGGAUGGACAAAGGCUACUGGAAACAGACGCUGGCUCUUCUUGUGGUGUUGGCCAGCACCUACACAGAGGCUUCAUUUUCCUGGCACAUGAAUGACUUCAUCAAAGCGGUAAAGCAGGUGGAAGAUGGGAGGACUGGGUCGGAGCCAGUAGCUGUGCUGAAGAGGCUGCGCAGGGCAGCUGGCCUUAAUGAUGCAUUCAUUCAGCACUUUUUCGGUGAUGCAAACUCCCCUGGUCCUGAAUUGGAUGCUGACCUCUCAGAUUACUUCAGCAAGGCCCUACAUCACAGAGUGACUGAGGAUGCCAGAGAGGAAGGCGUGGUUCUCACUUCUGAUGGUACCACUGUUGCCCUAAGACCGCUCCUCCUGGGCAUUGAAGCUGGUUUCCUCUCCAAGAGUAGUAGGCGCAGUCGAGGUCUGUACCAGCUCACUCUGGCCAAAGAUCUCGGCCUUGCUUUCAGGCACAGCUCUACCCCCACCCAGCGCCUGGGACCUGAUGGCUGCUGGGACAGCGUAAUCUCUCCUCAAGUUUUCACCCUUUCAGACAGCCCUUCUCUGAUCACCACUGCUCAGGUCAACGGUGGCAUGGAUGGUUUGAUUCUAGGGGUGCAGGUCUCUGCAAUAUCUAGACGUCCCCAUAAGCUCAGUAGUCUGCUGACAGCAUACUACUGCCACCAGCUGGAGAAUGAUGGACUGGACACUGCCCCGCAACUCAUCAGCCGACGCCGCAGGGAUAACUUCAGAGGGGUACUCCAGCCUCCGGUGUUGGCCAAACAGGUGGUGAAAUCAAUAGAUCUGCAGGGGACACUGAAAGGGCUUGCAAACUUGAACGUGAAAGAGAAGAGGCGACUGAUGGCUGUGGUGAAAGAGGGAAUGAAAGAGUUUGUCCAUAAGUACAUGGAUUGCCCAUCCAUCAUACCACGGUGUAUGUGGGGAGCAAAGCCGUACAAAGGAACACCCACCCAGCUGACUCUUCCUCUCUCCUUCAUGUACAUCCACCACACUCAUACACCCAGCCAGCCCUGCCUGACCCUCGAGCAGUGCUCUGCAGACAUGCGCUCCAUGCAGCGCUUCCACCAGGAAGACAGAGGCUGGGACGACAUAGGAUACAGCUUCGUUGCUGGCUCUGACGGGAACAUCUACGAGGGCCGAGGCUGGCACUGGCAAGGCGCUCACACCCUCGGACACAACUCCAUAGGUUUUGGCGUCUCUUUCAUUGGAGAUUAUGCCUCCAGACUGCCCUCCGAGCACACCAUGAGGCUGGUGAGAGAUCAGCUGGCAUCCUGCGCAGUUGGUGGGGGUCGACUGGAAGCCAGCUUCACCCUGCAGGGGCACAGACAGGUGGUGAAUACUUCCUGUCCCGGAGAUGCUCUCUAUAAUGAGAUCAGAGGCUGGGAACACUUCGGGGAGGUCAAGAAAUCAAAAUGAUGUGCUUGAGAAGAAGAGCUGUGGAUAAACUACAAGUUAACAUAAUAAAUAUUUGUCUCAUCCUUGUGCUCUCAUUGUUGCCAUUUUCUUCAGUCCUGGCUUGAAUGAGCCUAACAAACUGAACCAGGAUUCAACUGUUUCAUGAA